AUGAAGCCCGUUGACCGCGGGACGUUUGGGUUUGUACCCAAAAUGAGGUACCCUGAGCCAAGGCAAAAAGAAAACGAAAAAGGUAGGGAUGUUCUCACUUCUCAGCCCACCUGCGGUCACCAGUCCCGUUCCAUUUGGGCGAGAGGCGCGUGCUGCUGUGGGUCCGUGAUGUAG